AUGAAGAAACAACAGAGAAAUCGGAAAAGAAAACAGAAAGAAUUUAGACAUCUUGUUGAGCGAUUUCGGCAAAUGCAACAUCAUGAAGAAGUUGCACAAGAAAAAGAAUUCAAGAGGAGGCGUGACAGUCGAGAAAGGCGAAAGGUCGCCGUCAAAACUGACCGAAGACUUGUGAAAUACAAAAGAAUAUAUGUUUUAUCUUCUCUGGCAUUAGUAAGUGGCUCCAUCAUGACAUUUGGGAGUGUCGUCAAGGGGUUAGGAGAAGGAUCUGUUCUAUGGACGCACAGAUCCGUUUUUAUAAUCUGUGGGCCGGUAACGUUAGGAUUAGGUGUGCUAUUGCUGUUUCUCGCGACUGGUCUUGUUGUCGAGCGACAGGAAAAGCUAAAAAAGCGUAUAUUAGACAUGGGAGACAGUUUCAAUUCACACAGUUUCAACGAUAGAAAGAGUUCUUGCCAUACAAACAGUUCUUCAAAAUUAUUGCUGUCACGGGAAGUAUCUUCUUCCGGUUCAAGUGCAACAGACACUUCCGGAAGUUCGUGUAACCGAGCGAAAAGUAGUGAUUAUAGGUCAAAAAUAGGACGACAGGCUUCGGAGGAAUCUGAAAUGGAGAUUUUCCUAGAUUCCAGUAAUUCUUCAGUGGGGUCUUCAGGAUUGUCAUUCUCUGCAAAAUGGGAAGCUUUGUCAAACUUUCCAAAACAAGGAAAUACAAAUAAUCUAAAACAGAAUGAAGGUUUUAUUAAAAAAGACAACAUUCCCGCUUGUGUUCCUAGACGUGGAAUUGUGCCAAAAAAUACAGUUUCGACACUAGAGACGUGCAUCAUUGUUAACGAAAUAGAUCAACCGAAAGACAGAGGUGUUACCUGUGUUUCAUCGCCGAUUGGAAAACAAACUAGCAUUUAA